AUGGCGGCAAAAACGAGUAAACGAGUUCUGCUUUUUGCUGCCGUCGCUGAGCCAAUUCGUGCAGCUGUAAUUGUGAAGAUAGAAGGGGCGCCUCAAGAACUACGCCGUCACACCGUAUCACACAUCUCAGUUUGUGCAGCUGUAAAUGUGAAGAUAGAAGGGGCGCCUCAAGAACUACGCCGUCACACCGUAUCACACAUCUCAGUUCGUGCAGCUGUAAAUGUGAAGAUAGAAGGGGCGCCUCAAGAACUACGCCGUCACACCGUAUCACACAUCUUAGUUCGUGCAGCUGUAAUUUUGAAAAUAGAAGGGGCGCCUCAAGAACUACGCCGUCACACCGUAUCACACAUCUCAGUUCUUGCAGCUGUAAAUGUGAAGAUAGAAGGGGCGCCUCAAGAACUACGCCGUCACACCGUAUCACAUAUCUUAGUUCGUGCAGCUGUAAAUGUGAAGAUAGAAGGGGCGCCUCAAGAACUACGCCGUCACACCGUAUCACACAUCUCAGUUCUUGCAGCUGUAAAUGUGAAGAUAAAAGGGGCGCCUCAAGAACUACGCCGUCACACCGUAUCACACAUCUCAGUUCGUGCAGCUGUAAAUGUGAAGAUAGAAGGGGCGCCUCAAGAACUACGCCGUCACACCGUAUCACACAUCUCAGCUCUUGCAGCUGUAAAUGUGAAGAUAGAAGGGGCGUCUCAAGAACUACGCCGUCACACCGUAUCACACAUUUCAGUUCGUGCGGCUGUAUAUGUGAAGAUAGAAGGGGCGCCUCAAGAACUACGCCGUCACACCGUAUCACACAUCUUAGUUCGUGCAGCUGUAAUUAUGAAGAUAGAAGGGGCGCCUCAAGAACUACGCCGUCACACCGUAUCACACAUUUCAGUUCUUGCGGCUGUAAAUGCGAAGAUAGAAGGGGCGCCUCAAGAACUACACCGUCACACCGUAUCACACAUCUCAGUUCGUGCAGCUGUAAAUAUGAAGAUAGAAGGGGCGCCUCAAGAACUACGCCGUCACACCGUAUCACACAUCUCAGUUCGUGCAGCUGUAAAUGUGAAGAUAGAAGGGGCGCCUCAAGAACUACGCCGUCACACCUUAUCACACAUUUCAGUUCGUGCGGCUGUAUAUGUGAAGAUAGAAUGGGCGCCUCAAGAACUACGCCGUCACACCGUAUCACACAUCUCAGUUCGUGCAACUGUAAAUAUGAAGAUAGAAGGGGCGCCUCAAGAACUACGCCGUCACACCUUAUCACACAUUUCAGUUCAUGCGGCUGUAUAUGUGAAGAUAGAAUGGGCGCCUCAAGAACUACACCGUCACACCGUAUCACACAUCUCAGUUCGUGCAGCUGUAAUUGUGCAGCUGUAA